UCUUUGUAACGUUCAAAACAUAUCAAUAGAUAGAACUCGUUUGUGAUAAAACGAUAUCUUGCUGAGCUUGCUUUUUAAUUUUCUGUUGAGCAAUCGGUGUGGAGUGAUUGACAUUUUCGGACGCUGUUUCAUCAUUCAAAUUGCUGUGCUUUGCUUUUGCAGUGCACUGCUUCCUGAAGGAAAAUGGCUCUGAAGUAUGUUGGAGUACAAAGGGCAGCUAUAGAAUACGAAAGUGAAGAUUUAUUUAGAAAUUAUGUUGGAGAGGAUGCUGAAGAAGUGGAACGUGUGCAUAGUUCCCCUGAUAAAUAUGAAACUCCAGAAGAUUUUGAAAAAUUAGGAGAAGGAAUUAAAGAUCUAAGUGCGAGAUUUGAAGCAAGCGAUGAAGGCAAAAAAGUGAAGCUGCUAAGUGACAAAAUUAGUUUGAAUAAUUUCAAUCGACAAUCAUUGAUAGAUGUUGGUCGUGGGGUGUUCAAAGAUGGUGUCAAUGGAUAUACCAUAGUUGCAUUUUUCUCCUUUUGUAAGCACUUAUUUCUGAGAGCUAUACGAUCAAUAAGAGAUUCUGCGAUAGAAGUUUAUAGAUGGACAACAAGUUUCAUAGUUGAUAAGAUAUGUCCAUGGGUUGAAGAGCAAGGUGGUUGGAUGAAAGUAUUAGCAAUCAUAGCCGCUGUUCUUGGAGGAGCUGUUUUAGCUGUUGGAGUAGGUAUUAUGCUUCUAUGAAAAGCCUUCCCAAAGUAAUACCAGUGUACAUUUAGAAGUUGUGUCUGGAAAAGUUAAAUAUUUGAACGUUCCGAAGUGCUUGUAACCACAAAUUGUACAAGUAUUCAUUUUUUCUUGUUUCUGCAUUUACGUACUGUUUUAAGUGCUGAAGUAAUUUGUUUUCUCCCUUUUAUUUUUAACGGCACUGCAGAUUCAUUAAAAGUGAUGCAUGUGUAUUUGCUUAUGUAAUUGAAAUGUAUUGCAUCUGUACCUAAAUGUAAUUAAACGUUGAAACCAUGUACA